CUCUCUCUGAAGGUUGUGACUACAGAAAAUGGCCAGUUCGACCCACACAAUAAAGUGUGUUGUGGUCGGAGACGGCGCAGUUGGAAAAACAUGUCUCCUCAUCUCGUAUACCACAAAUAAGUUUCCACAGGAAUAUGUUCCAACUGUAGGUUUAUUUCAUGUUCUUUACCUUCUUGAAGGUGUUUGAUAAUUAUGCGGUUACCGUGAUGGUUGGUGGGGAGCCAUACACUCUGGGAUUAUUUGAUACUGCAGGCCAAGAAGACUAUGAUCGCUUAAGACCUCUGAGCUAUCCGCAAACAGACGUUUUCCUCGUGUGUUUCUCCGUUGCGAAUCGCAGUUCCUUUGAAAAUGCGAAGGACAAGUGGGUACCAGAAAUAAUGCAUUAUUGUCAGCGGGUCCCCUUCCUUUUGGUGGGCACACAAACCGACCUGCGUGACAGCGACUCAACGGUCGGGGCGAACCGAGGCAGCAAGGCGAGGUUCAUCACGCCAGAGGAAGGACAAAGGUUGGCCAAAGACGUUCAGGCAGUAAAAUAUGUUGAAUGCUCCGCUCUCACACAGCGUGGUUUGAAAACCGUGCUGGACGAGGCAAUCAUUGCUGCAUUGGCUCCACCAAAGGUAACUCAGACGCGAAAGUGCUGCUUGAUAUAAACCCCAAUUCUUCGCCCUCCUAUCCCGUCACAACCCUACACAGAAUGAGGUCCUCCUCGUGAGAAUCCCUUUGGCCCCAAAUCGGCUGUUCAUAUUCGGAUCAGUGCCAGUCGCCCAUUUUUUCACACAAGCAUCUGAUUUUUUGGAAAUCAAACGGCUAUUCCCCCAUUGCUUGGCGGAUGGUUAACCGUAUAAAUUCCCUUUGUGCCUGUUCUGCUUUUCAAAAUCGGUGAGGAUCUAUGUCCUUUUAUCUCACCGAUCAUGCGUCGGAAUUCCCUUCGGUUGUCAUCCACCGUUUACACCUGGUCCACUCUGUUCCCUUCCGUUUGCUAUUAUUAUUAAUCAUUAUUAUUAUUAUCUUGCUGAGUUUUGAUAGGGGUGAUCCUGGAGUCACGCAUCACAUUAUGGCUCCCUGUAAUGCUGUACUCUUUCCUCAUGUUUUGUACGUAAUGAUCUCAAUUGAACUGUCAACUUUGACCGUUUCUCUCGUAUUCCGUGUUCUCGUUUGUGCUUAGUGCUCCGCCCCAGCCCAGGACUAGAGCAUGCACUGCUUUUCUCGUUUGCCUUUUCGGCCCCUCUUCACAUGGACUAAUAAUUAUGACACAAUCACUGCUUUGUGGAUUACAGUGGCAUUACCGAAG